AGCAGCGUUUCUGGUUCGGGUUCGUCGUCUCCACCACCAGUGUCCUUUCGCGUCUCGUCCUGCGAUGGCCAAUGACGUCUCCGCGGAGGACGACAACACCCUCCUGCCAGGGGAGGUCAUGGACGACGUUCACGAGUGGCAGUACGAUUGGGCAUCCCUGAAGAAGAGAAUAGAAAAGAGACAAAAUAAAGGCGGACAACGGGAAUCUCCAGUCUUGAAGGACCUCAAGACACUUCCCUCGUCAACUGCUCUGAGCGAGCUGUUGGUGUGUGGCCGCUUGUGCGUUGCCAUCCAGGACAUGCGCGCUUGGCUCUCGUCACUGUGCAGUAUGGGUAACGUGCCUUGCAAGACGCUCAAGACGAUGGCAUUGGGCAGGGUUGAUCCUGUCGCCGACAUUGCCCUCAUUGGCCUGGCUGUCAUGGGCCAGAACCUCAUCCUCAACAUGAACGACCACGGGUGGGUCGUCUGUGCCUAUAACAGGACGACCGAGAAAGUGGACCACUUUCUCGAGAAUGAGGCUAAAGGGACCAAGGUUGUUGGAGCUCACUCUCUUGAGGAGAUGGUGGCGAAGUUGAAGAAGCCCAGGCGUGUCAUGAUGUUGGUCAAAGCUGGUGCAGCCGUCGACAGCUUCAUCGAGAAAUUAAUCCCACUGUUGGAGAAGGGAGAUAUCAUCAUCGAUGGUGGUAAUUCAGAGUACCAGGAUACUCAGAGAAGGUGUCUACAACUUGCUGAAAAAGGUCUUUUGUAUGUGGGAUCCGGAGUAUCUGGUGGAGAGGAAGGUGCACGCUACGGUCCAUCUCUUAUGCCCGGUGGCCACAAGGAAGCCUGGCCCCACAUCAAAGAUAUAUUCCAGAGCAUAUGUGCCAAAUCAAAUGGAGAACCCUGUUGUGACUGGGUAGGUGAGGAUGGAGCUGGCCACUACGUCAAGAUGGUUCACAACGGUAUCGAGUACGGUGACAUGCAGCUGAUUUGUGAGGCCUACCAUCUGAUGAAAUCUGCGUUGGGAAUGGACUGUGACGAAAUGAGCAAAGUGUUUUCCGAAUGGAAUGAAGGAGAGUUGGACUCUUUCCUGAUCGAAAUCACUGCCAACAUUUUGAAGUUCAAAGAUAAUGAUGAGACCCACUUGGUUGAGAAGAUCAGAGAUGCUGCCGGACAGAAAGGUACUGGUAAAUGGACUGCCAUCUCAGGCCUGGAUUAUGGCACGCCAACCACCCUCAUUGCAGAGUCUGUGUUUGCUCGUUGCCUGUCAUCUUUGAAGGAUGAACGUGUAAAAGCCAGUGGCAUCCUGGUUGGUCCCGAAGAUACAAAAUAUGAAGGCGAUAGGGAAGAAUUUGUUGAAAAUAUUAGAAAGGCAUUGUAUGCCAGUAAGAUUGUGUCUUAUGCCCAAGGCUUCAUGUUGUUGAGAGAAGCUGCUGCAAAGUUUGGAUGGAAUUUAAAUUAUGGUGGCAUUGCCUUGAUGUGGAGAGGUGGCUGUAUUAUCAGGAGUGUAUUCCUGGGCAAAAUUAAAGAUGCUUUUGACAACAACCCACAGUUGACAAAUCUUCUCUUGGAUGAUUUCUUCAAAGACGCUGUUGGCAAAUGCCAGACUGGAUGGAGACAGGUUGUAGCCCAAGGAGUGCUAUUGGGCAUUCCAACUCCAGCUCUGUCAUCUGCUCUGUCCUUCUAUGAUGGCUAUCGAUCGGCUACACUCCCUGCCAACCUAAUUCAGGCUCAACGCGAUUACUUCGGUGCUCACACCUACGAGCUAGCUGACGCACCAGGCAAAUUCCACCACACCAACUGGACUGGAACUGGUGGAAACGUAUCUGCAUCAACCUAUGAUGUCUAAAGCAUUAGACUUCCCAAUUAGGAAGCUGUUGCUUUAACCUGCAAUAUUAUAAGACAUAUGAAAAGGUUUCGUAAGUGACUUGUUGCAUACAACGAUUUAUAUGGAUGUUUCUAUGUGAUUUAAUAUAUUUCAAGUGAAUUAUAAAGUAACCCUUUAUUCAGUAUUUCCACAAUAGAUGUUUUAUAUAGUUAUAUAUAAAUGUUGCUUCUUGAAUUAUUUUGGUCACAAAAUAUAUGGCUUGAGUAAUGUUUUUACAUAUUUACUUUUAUUAUUUAUGAAUCAUUAAUUGGUCUCAUUGUUUUAUUAUAGGCUCUAUUUAUGUAUUUUAUUAAAGUUAUAUGUAGUAGUAUUCACUUUUCUGAAUUGUUAUUGGAAAUUGUUUCCAGUAACUGUGAUAUUUCCAGUCAUUCCAUAAUAACUUAUCUGAGGUUAGCAGUUGCCUUUUCUUGAUAAAUGUUUAUUUUUAUAGUUACACAUUAUCUGAAUUUUGUAUCUGGAGUUAUGUGACAGUGUAAGAAAAUCUCAUUGUUCUACUUCAUGCAUCUUUUCAAAAAGUUUUGUAAUCCUAUGUGUUCUGUAAAUCUGUAUCACUGUGUAACACAGUAUAUCUCUGUCUGUUAGCUUAACUCAAGGAUGCAAAAACUGUCCAUUCCAUGUGUACCUUCACAGAAAAAAUAGGAUUCAAAGGAUUUUUUUUUUCAUUUUCCCCGAGUUCUGAUAAACUGUUCCAAGAUAUUUUUUCUAGUUUAAGAGGAAACCUUUUAUGCAAAGUUUUGAUUUUAUCAAAUCUCAUUGUGGAUCUUUUUAGGUUUUAUAAUAUGGAAUAUAGUAAUUUAAUACUGCAAUAUUAUAGCAAAGUUAUGGAAAACCUUUAAAUAGAAUUAUGUACAUAAGUUUUCGUCAUCUUUUAUGUACAUACUACUUAUAUUUUUAUAUUAACGGCCCCUAUUUUCUACAAAAGUUAAGAUCUAAAAUGUAAAGUUUUUUAUGUGCUUUUGGCUUUAGAUAAUGAACAAUUUAUAUCUUCUCUUCAAGCUGAAUUUUGUCCAGAUGGUACAAUGGUGAAGUUCCUUAAUUUCAAAGUCAUUGUUGCGUUUCAUACUGUAAAGUCUAUUCAUAUGAAUUUCAAACCACCUAUUUUACCAAUGCCAGUGUGCUUGGUCAACAGUUAUUUAUGCAGUGUUUAAUAACAGGUGUAAGGAGUCUAAGUUUCAGUUCAAAAUUACAUUAAAAUUUUCCUGACAUGACACUUUGGUGCUUGGUCUAGCCAUUAUUCCUUUUCCUUGGUUAUGUUGUAUCAAGAUUUUUGUUCAAGUACUGUAGCUAUUUCAUAGUUUUUUUUUUUCUCUUUUUUUUUUUUUUUUACUCUCCUCUUCCACAACUUCUAGAAACUUACCUUUUUCUUGGUGUGUAAAGUCAUGCUAAUGACUACAAUACAUCCAUUCCCUCUUGUACUAUCCUGGUCUUUAUUUUUAGGUUUUCCAUAACUCUGUGCAUCACAUUAUUUCUGCUUUUGAAACAAUGGCAAGGGGUUUGAUGCUCAUUGAAUAUUAAGUAUAAUCAGUACAAUCUAUUCUUUCUUUUGUCAUAUUUCUCAGUAAUUUUUUGUAUAUCUUAUAUCAUUUGACUCACAGUUUUGAAUCUUUGUACUGUACAUCCUUGCAGCCUAAAGCUUUUAUAUACUGGAGGAGCACAUUGCCAACCCCUUCUCCCUCUGCUUCCUGGUUUUAAUUUGCAGACCGUUAUUAAUUUUGAGAAAUUCCUUUUUUCCUCCUUUUGUACUUUGAUAUUCCUGGUGAAAAAGAAAGCCACUGCAGAAAACACGAAGAAUGUAGUUCUAUUAGUGGAUUUAAUAUCUUAACUUCAACCUUUAUGUUUAUAGAUCCCUUAAUUACUUCAUCUUUGUAUUCAAGGGGGGAUAAUCAAUAGUUUUUUUUCCCAAAUGUUAGCCAACUGAGAUUCUGCCACAGCCUCAGUAGCUAAUGACACACUCUGCCCCUUUGCUGUCUUUUCAAGAGCUGCAACUUGCUGUGGUAAAACUACUUGAGCAGCACUUAAUUGUGCUGGACAUCAAUACUGCCUACUGUCUUGGACCAAGCAUAGUGGUAUUAGUUAUGCAAAUUUAUUCAUGAAAUAUAUAAACAAACUGAAUUUAAAAAUAUAAGGCACAAAAAGUUUUGAAAAUAGAAAUGUAUGCCCAGUAUCAAGAUAGCACGAUACUUUAGCAGUUUUUACAUCCCUCGGUGCUGUUGUUAGAAAGGAUGAACAAAUUAAGUACAUCAUGUACUUGAAAGUUUUUUUCAAGACUUUUUAUGCUUUUAAGAUAUGAAAGCCAAACACCCAUGUACAUAGAAUUCAGGUAUAUGGGCAAUCAAUUCACUCAAAAUAUAUUAUGUAAAUGUAUGAACUUGUGGGGCCUUACAAGAGAUAUAUAAUAAAUGAUUGCACUUAAAGUUGGCAUUUUAUAACUGUAAUCAUUAUGAAGAAAUAAAUUAUCUAAAUGUA